AUGGAUGAAUCAUUUCCAACUGCCGCUGGUCUGGCGCAAUAUUCAACUAGUAUUUGUACCUGUGGAAGAAGCUUUGCUCAACUAAACGCAUAUGCAAACCACCAGAGAACUUGUAAAAAGCGGAAGAAAUACCUUUCAAAUGCGCUAGCAAAGGCCAAGGAUGUAUGGACGACACGAAAAAGGCCAUGUAGAGAAGUUGGACGUGGUGAACACCUUGGGUCUGUUGCUCCUGCAACACGGGUCCCAGAUGCAGCAACUAGCAUUGGCAUAGUAUCUCCAGCAGGAGAAGGCCAGGAGCCCCCACAGUUGGAGCGUUCUUUCGUCACAUCAGAAUUCAGUUCUGGGCAUGCAACUUUCGAGGAAUGCAAGGAUGGGUCCAGUCUUUCAGAAUCUUUGCAUCAUGCAGUCGAUGACACGCUGUCACUUGCCGAGCGUCGUCCAAGACGCCUCAAUCGUCGUCUUCCUGCAUGGUUUCGAGACGUUCUUCCUCAGCCACCACCACCGCCUACAGCUGAGCCAGCCCCAUCGCCAGCUGCAGAUCCCCCUCUUGCUUUGGCUGCAAACACACUGCUGUCACGGUCACUUUCUUUCUUUCGCACACUUCCAAACUUAUUCGGACUUUCACGUCAGUAUUACGGUGCCUGUCUGCCGACCCACGACCCAGAAGCGGUCACAACUCUGGAACACCUCACUCUGACCCAUUCAAACCAUGAAAGUCAGGAUCUCAGUAUCCCUGCUCCUGCAACGCGGGGUGACUGUAGCAACGGCCCAGAUGCCUUCUACCCAUAUCCCAACAAAUCGUCAUUUCUCCUCGGCGACUGGUUUUGGAACGGAGGCCUGCAGAAAUCACAAAAAAGCUUCAGGGAACUAUUGCGGAUCAUCGGCGAUACUGAAUUUCGACAGGAAGAUGUACGUGCCACGCGCUGGAACUCGAUCAAUGAUCAACUUGGAUCUAGUAAAGAAGAGGCAGAGGGAUGGGUGCCUUUGGAAGGUGCGGGGUGGAAGAAGACCGCGAUCAACAUCAAGAUACCCAUUCAUAAUCGUUCGGAUAAUCCAGGCGUUCACGACUACCUUACAGCAGAAUUACAUCAUCGAUCACUCUUAUCUGUCAUCCAGGAAAAGCUUGCUAACGAAAGGCACGACGACCUGUUCCAUUAUCAGCCCUACGAAUUGCUCUGGGAUCGCGGAAAAUCUGAGAGACCCACCCGCAUCCAUGGAGAACUGUAUACCUCUGAUGCCUUUAUUCAGGCACACCGUGAACUCCAAGAGUCCCCACCUGAGCUUGGGUGUGAUCGAGAGCGAGUGGUUCUUGCUCUCAUGUUUUGGUCGGACUCGACCCAUCUAGCCUCAUUCGGCAAUUCCAAACUUUGGCCGUGCUAUAUGUUCUUUGGGAAUGAGUCUAAGUACCGAAGGUGUAAGCCUUCUUGCCGUCUAUGUAGUCAUGUGGCCUAUUUCAACCAUCUUCCAGAUAGUUUCAAGGAUUUUGCCGUUAAGCACUUCGGUGGAAAAGGUCCCAGUGCUGACUUUAUGGCACAUUGCCAUCGCGAACUUUAUCAUGCACAAUGGAAGGUCCUGCUAGACGACGAGUUUGUGGAAGCGUGCAAGCAUGGAAUUGUCAUACGCUGUUGUGAUGGGGUUGAGCGUCGUUUUUACCCUCAGAUCUUUACUUAUUCUGCCGACUAUCCAGAAAAAGCGUUAAUAGCUACGAUACGGACUCUGGGCGGGUGCCCUUGCCCUCGAUGCCUCAUCCCGAAAUCCCGCGUUCAAAAUUUGGGCAUGCGGCUGGACAUGAAACAACGCCAAACCCUCUUACGCAUAGACGAUGAUAUCCGGCGAAGUGAAGUCUCCACCUCGCGUUCACUCAUCUACGAUAGUGGCUAUGGCAUCCGCAGCAAUUGUGUUGAAAACCUACUGAAAGAGCACUCAUUGGUGCCAACCUCUAAUGCAUUUUCGGAGAGGCUCGGGUGCCUCGGCUUUAAUCUGUUUGCUAUGCUGGUUGUAGAUCUCCUGCAUGAGUUUGAGCUUGGGGUCUGGAAAGCCCUGUUUACCCACCUGAUACGCAUUCUCGGAGCUGCUCUCAAGGGCGAUAGAUUGGUACACGAGCUUGAUCGUCGACUCAUCCCCACCUUCGGCCGCGAUACCAUUCGAAAGUUUGCUUCAAAUACAUCUGAAAUGAAGAAGAUGGCUGCUCGCGACUUCGAAGAUAUUCUUCAGUGCGCUAUCCUGGCCUUUGAUGGCCUUCUCCCAGAGCCACACAACACCAGUAUCUUAGUUCUGCUCACUACUUGUGCAAGCUGGCAUGCCUUGGCAAAGCUGCGCAUGCAUACAGAGGAGACGCUCAAUCUCCUGGAUGCUGAAACGGUUACGCUGGGAAAGCAACUUCGCCAUUUCCAGAAACAUACCUGCGCAGCUUUCGAUACUCGCGAACUAAAGCGGGAAGCAGAACGUCGACAACGCCAGCAGUUAAGGAGCCUGGCUGGAAACGGAGAGGCAACGGGGUCAAAGCCUCAUACCGCUCGAAGACAAAAGACGUUCAAUCUACAAACCUACAAGCUACACGCCCUGGGUGACUAUUCUACCUCCAUACGCAACUUUGGUACAACCGACUCAUAUAGCACUGAACCGGGAGAGCUAGAACACCGCACCUCCAAAGCAAGGUACCGUCGAACGGACCGAAAAGAGUUUGUGAAGCAGAUAGCCAGGAUUGAACGGCGCGAGGCUCGCAUACUCAGCAUCUGUGACAAGCAGUCGCCACAGGGUACGGUGAUGGAGGAAGAAGUUGCUACAUCGCCUGAGGCUCAUUUCCACGUCGGGAAAUCUCAAAACUAUCCUGAGAACAUUCCUCUGUUCCUUCAAAGGCACGCGGGGGACCCCGCUAUCAAAGGUUUUGUACCUAAGCUUCAGCAUUUUCUCCUUACUAAGAUCCAGGACUCGAUCACCAGAGAGGGUAGCCUUUUGUAUACUGACGGUCCCACUCCAGCUGCAAUCCCAGGAGCUACCCCAGUGUGCUCGGACUGGGAGGGACGUGUUUUUAUCAAGGCCGAUCGCAUGUAUAGGCACAACUUGAUGCGCCUCAACUACACUACAUAUGACGUUCGCCGAGCGCAGGAUGUCAUCAAUCCAUCGACAUCUCAUUGUAACGUCAUGCUCCUCGACCAAGCUAGCGAGGGCUCAACUACCGGUGAAAGUCAUCCUUAUAUCUAUGCUCGUGUACUCGGCAUAUAUCAUGUCAAUGCCACUUAUAUUGGCCCUGGGAUGGUUAACUAUCACUCACAUCGAAUUGACUUUCUGUGGGUGCGCUGGUAUCAAUACCUUGGCAAACACUCCCAGGCCGACCGGCAAGCACCUUUAGAUCGUGUUUGCUUCCCGCCUAUGGCAGAGCAAGACUCAUUUGGGUUUGUGGACCCUGAUGACGUUCUUAGGUGCUGCCAUGUCAUUCCACACUUCGAGCAAGGCUUGCAGCACUUGGAUGGUAGGGGUAUCUCCCACUGUGCUCAGGAUAAGUUGGACUGGAAAUUCUACUAUAUAAAUCGUUUUGUAGACCGGGACUCAUUCAUGCGGUAUCAAUGGGGGCUGGGAGUUGGGCAUACCUAUGCUCAUGGUGCCGGCGGUCAAGAAGAAGAUAAUGCGGUUGCUGUAGAGUGUUUUGAGGACUUUGAAGAAGAUGCGUUGAGCAGUGGCCAAGACGGUUGCACUGCCUCUAACUCGGACCCAGGUGGUGAAGCUUCUGACUCGGACUGGGGGUCUGCUUCAGAUGACUCCAACUCGGAAGAGCGUGACACUGAUAGUGAUUCGGACCAGAGUGCAGCUGAUCCAUUGGUACACUAUGGUCGUCAUUUCGGACGAACAGUACACGCUCUUUGCAACUUCCAAGCCCUCCUCACAAAUGGAAUUUUACGAAUGGGAGAAUUGGCCGAGACUCCAGAAGAAAACUUUACCGCUGAGGAACGGCGCGAGCAUCGUAUUUUUCAAGAGCUCCUCAAGUCUGUGGCAGGCCUGGAAGAGCGCUUGAUGCAAGGCGGAGAUGAUGAGGUUGAUGUCAUUGCAGAGCUGCUCACCAAGGGCGCCUCUGGAGCAAGGGGUGAUGACACCAAAAGCCUCAAAGGCAGUGUGCUUGAUUGGAUUACCCCCAAGGGACAGAAUCUGGUUCCUCCUCUCGCUCGAAACAUGAAAAUUGACCGCGGUUUUCAUCAUGAACGGACGGGUGCGUUACUCUGUCCUGCUGGCCUGGACUGGUCUCACUCAGAGACAAAAGCUAAGCUACAAAGUGGCGAGAUUAUCGUAACGGGAGACCAGUGGCCGCUGUUCUUGUAUGCUGACUACCAUUAUGAUUCCGAGGAUCCGUGGAAUGGCCUGUUUCGAAGCGCUUUGUUGGUCUGCGCAUAUAAACAUGUAUUCACAUCCCCCAGCUCUGUAGACAGAGAGCCAAAGGCAACUCGCUCAGGCAAUGCUCGUAUUCAUGGGAUGACCCGAAUUACUCUGCCCUCCAUCGCAUACAUUGCAACUCAGGUCCGAUUCUCCCUCACAUCAUCACCUGUUUUCUCGCGUACCGACACAGUCACAGACUCCGAAAGGUUUUACAACUCCAUCUUGGAUAUUUUCGAAGACCCGGAUGAAAAACAAGAGGUAGAUGAUCUUGCUGUAUGGUGGAACAGGCAAAUCUUCCCUUCAUACUCGACCGCUCAACGUCCUCUGGUCAAGAAUAGUGCACUGGCGAGGAUUCGGGAGAAGCGAGCGCAAAUAAAAGAGGCUUCGGUCACUGAUGGUGGUAGUGGCAAUGCGUAG